ACAAGACACAGACACAGUAGUUUCACUAUUCAACGUAGGAACUGUGUAUGUAUGGACUUUGUCUGCUAUUAAACAUGCACCAGGAGAAAGAUUAGGCAACAUCUCUGCCCUCUGCACUUUCAUCUUCUGCACUACCAUCAAUUCCUCAUCAUGCCCUCUCAUUUCAAUACUAUCAUCUCUUCCACUCUCCUCUCUCUCCUUUUCAUCCCUUGAUCAACACCACCUGCUGUGUGUGUGUGUGUGUAUAUAUCUGAUUGAAUUUCACUGUGUAGCACAGUAGUCAAGUCGUACUGAUCAUGGCUGAGGGGUUUGAAUCAUAUCAUCAUGUCCCACAGCAAAGUAGAAGAGAUAGGCUGAGAGUAAACAACCCGCCUGUCUGCCUUGAUAACCUUCACACCCCCGCAGGUUUACUCCCUCUUUACGAUCCAUCACUCAUCUCCUCUGAUUUCAUCAACCUGCACCGUCAAAGUUUCAGUCUUGGAGCAAAUACAAGUGCUGGUGUUAAAGAAGAGGGCGUAAAUUUGAUGGGUUUUGUGGGAGGAAUGAAUGUAUUCAGUGCUGCUGCAACAACUUCGUCGUCCCCCAGAAAUCUCAUGUAUGUGGAUCCACAGUUAAACCCUAGUUCUAUUCAAGAUAUUAACGUGUACAGUACAGCAACCCACAAUUAUAGAGGAGUUCUUAAUGAUCAGUCUUUUCAUGGAAAUGAAGUGGCGGUGUAUAAGCCUGAGCCACUCUCAAUAGCCCAUCAUGAGCCGAUUAGUAACUGUGGAGCAGCCAGUGGUCAAAGUUUGUCUUUGUCGUUAUCUUCACAUGACCACACUCACCGAAAUAAUAAUCUUCUUCCUCUGGAGUUGAAUCUGCAAAGAUAUGACUCUUCAAUUGAAUUGUCUUGGAGUUCAGGACCUAUCGGAGUAGGACCCUUUACUGGCUAUGCUUCUGUUUUGAAGGGAUCAAGAUUUUUGAGGCCUACACAGGAAUUGAUGAAAGAGCUUUGUGAUGAGUGUGGAGGAAUCUAUUCAGAAAAAUUUGCAGCAGACUCAUCUUUGAUGGAUCCUCCUCCAUUGGAGAAUUGGAGUAGGAAUGUGGUUGUUGAUAAUACAGUAGCUCUCAGUGAUAGCGGUGAGGAAACUAGGAAGAAAUCAAGGUUGCUAUCAAUGCUUGAUGAGGUUUACAAAAGGUACAAGCAGUAUUACCAACAGAUGCAGGUCAUUGUUGUAUCAUUUGAAUCUGUUUCUGGACUAAGCAGUGCAGCUCCACUCGCGAAUUUGGCUUUCAAGGCCUUAUCUAAACAUUUCAGAUGUUUGAAGAAUGCCAUUACCGAUCAGUUGCAGUUUACAGCAAAAUCUCAUGACAAAAAAAACUAUGAGAGAAAUGAAACUCGAAAAUUGGAGAAUGGUUACAAUGAUCAUCAACCUGUCUGGAGGCCGCAAAGAGGACUUCCUGAGCGUGCUGUUGCCGUCCUUAGAGCCUGGUUGUUCGAGCACUUUCUACAUCCUUACCCAACUGACACAGACAAACUAAUGUUGGCAAAACAGACAGGUCUUUCGAGGAACCAGGUUUCAAACUGGUUUAUCAAUGCAAGAGUAAGGCUUUGGAAGCCGAUGGUGGAGGAGGUACAUAUGCUUGAAACACGUCAGGGCCAAAAGGAUUUGCAAACAGACGAACAACCGGCCAAUAGGCAAAACGAUCAUUUGCCUACAAGUUGUUCAGUUCAGUGCAAAAAUGCAUCCACCUCUAUUCAAAAAGUUGGAGAAUUCCCAUUGAAGCGUACUCGAGAUGAUCACCUCACUGAAACUCCUGCCGUGAGCGACCAGCCAAUGAAUUUGCCAUAUGACAAAUUAUUGAAUCAUCCUCAGUUGGGUAUUGGUGUGAGCAAUUGUAGCAGUGGUGGCGGUGUUUCCUUAACACUGGGCCUUCACCAGAAUGGUGUGGGAUUAUCCGAGUCCUACCCGAUAAAUGCAGCCAGUCGUUUUGGUCUGGAUGAACAUGGUGAGGGAUAUGUGGUGAGUGGAUUUUCAGAACAAAGUCAAGAAUUUGGAAGAGACGUUGUCGGAGGACAACUUUUACAUGAUUUUGUUGGCUGAACAUGAUUCUGUAUUACUUGAGCACAACAGUGAGGCUUCAAUUGGAUAAUAUUAUCAUUAACAACCAUCAAAAGAUACAUUCAAGAAGCUGACUGUUUGAUGGUUGCCUUUGCUCCUUUAGAAGGUACGGCUCAUACUAUAAUGGUGUGUUAGUUCUAGAAGAUUAGCUUCUGAAAUUCAGAAACUGACUGAAGCUUUGAUUAGUAAUAUGAAAUAUUUUUUUUUU